AUGGAGUGCAUCAAGCCAAUGGACCCUGCGGUCCAGUCAAUCACACUCUCAUCCGUCCUUCUCCUUUUCUUCCCCAAUGCGUGGGCUGCGACGCGUCGAUCCAAUGUCAAAGUGCGACCCGGUGGUUUCCUGCGAACGGCCAAGCCUAUUACAGGAUGCGCAGUCAUCGCGGCGGCCCUGUCGCAUCUGGUCGUGACUCUCGCGCGACCCGACAAGACGCUGGCAUCCGUAUUCGCCGUCUCCAUGUCCCUCGCUGCGGCAGUUGACGUCGUCUUGCUAUCAUCCGCAUGUCAUAAGAGGGCUCUCAAGUCAUCGAGCUUACUCGUCCUUUACCUCCUGGUAGUAGGAUGUUGGAACCUCUCGACGGUCUCGAAACUGACAGUCGCACGCCAUCUUGACUACCGGGAAUGCAUCCUGCCAGUAAUAGGCAUCAUCCAGCUUGUGCAGCUUCUCCUCGAAUGCACCUCCAAACGAGACAUCUUCCUGCCACGGUACAAAUCGCUGGCGCCUGCGGAGACGGCCAAUUUCUUCAGCGUCGUGUCGUUCUGGUGGAUGAACGACCUCCUGGUCCGAGGAAACAAGCACAUCCUGCAAGACGAGGACCUCCCGCCCUUGGACUCUCGUCUUCAAGCAGCUGGCCUGAGCAAAACCAUCAAGCAGACAUGGAGCACUAGGGCAAACCCCGAAACCAAAACGACCUUGUUCAAGGUCCUGCUCAAGACGCACACGCGGCAGUUCAUCACCACGCUGAUCCCGAGGCUCUUCAUGGUCCUCUUCGACUGCAGCCAGCCGCUGCUCAUCAAGGCCGUCAUCCGCCACGUCGAGUCCCCCACCUCCCCCCCCUGCCGCCAGCGCACCCUCAUCCUGGGCGCCGCCGCCGUCUACCUCGGCUCGACCCUCUCCAGCUCGCAGUACCUGUACCGCACCGCCCGGCUGCAACUCGCCGUCAAGAGCGGCCUCACCUCCCUCAUCCACCACAAGACGCUCGCCACCGCCGCGCACGCCGCCGACACGGGCAAGGCCACCACCGUCAUGGGCGCCGACCUCGACGCCGUCGCCGAGGCGCCCGCCAUGCUGCACGACCUCGUCGGGCGCGUCCUCGAGGUCGGCCUCGGGCUCGCCAUCCUCGGCGGCCAGGUGAAGUGGCUCUGGCCGGUCCCGCUGGUUAUUAUCUUCCUGUGCUCGCGGGUGAGCAGGUUCGUGGCCAGGAACGUGGGGGGCCGCCAGAGGAGGUGGAACGAGGCGACGGAGCGUCGAGUAGGGGCGCUGGCGGCGGUGCUGGGCGCGAUGAGGAGCGUCAAGGCGCUGGGCGUGACGGAGGCUGUGCUGAAGUACGUGGACGGGUUGAGGGGGGAGGAGCUCGCGCGGGCCGGGGAGAAGCGGUUCCUGGACUGUCAGUACAAUUCCAGCGCGAACGCGCUUGGGGUCUUCUCGCCGGCACUUACGGUGGCGCUCUUUGCGAUCGUGUCGCACUUCAAGAACGUACCGCUGGACACGGCGGUCCUGUUUACGACUGUGGCGGCGCUGUCCAUCGUGACGCACCCGGCGAACAUGAUCAUGACCAUCUAUCCGCGGAUCGUCUCUGUCGCCGCGAGCUUUGAGCGCUUCCAGGAGUUUCUCCUGGCUUCUCCCCUGGAGGACACCCGGAAAGUUGAAGAGGAGGAGGUGCUAGCCAGCAGUCGCAGUGGCAUUGCAGCCUCGCUCACAGACCUCACGAUCCACAGCAAGAAUGGCCAGCCCAUUCUGGACAACAUCGAUCUGAAGCUACCAUAUGGUUCCGUCACCGUAUGCUGCGGCCCUGUCGGUAGUGGCAAGUCCGUCCUCGGCAAGGCCAUCCUCGGCGAGCUACCCGCAGCAAUGGGUCUGGUCGAGGUAUCCUCGAAGCGAAUCGGCUUCUGCGACCAGGCACCCUGGGUCAUGGCGGGCACGGUAAAGGAGGUUAUCUGCGCAUUCGCCUCGCCCGUCGACGAAGCCAGGUACAGGGCUGUCGUUCAGGCAUGCUGUCUGGACCACGACCUCAGCCGGCUCGCGGAAGGCGACGACCUGCGAAUCGGGAGCCGAGGCGUCAACCUGUCCGGCGGGCAGAAGCAGCGCAUCGCCCUGGCCCGACUACUCUACACCGGCGGCGCGGCAAUCGUUGUGCUCGACGACAGCUUCGCGGCCCUCGACGGCACCACCGAGAGCUCGGUCGUCCAGAACCUUCUCGGGCCUGCCGGGCUGCUCCGCCAAAGCGGCGCCGCGAUCUUCUGGAUCACCAACUCCGCGCAGUAUUUCCACCUCGCCGACCACAUCCUCCUGCUGGACGCGGGGCGGAUCUCGCGCCGGGGCACCGCCGUGGAGAUGAGCCCGUACGUCGACGAGCUGCGCAAGUUCCACGCGGAGGACGCCUCACCGGGCCCCGAGGCACCCACACGCAGAGCCAAGACGCAGGCCAAGAAGGACGCGCAAAGCGACCUGUAUCGGCAGACCGGCGACCUGUCCCUCUACGGGUUCUACCUCCGGUCCACCGGCGCGCUGCCGCCUCUCGCCGUGGUGGGCACGACCGCCACGUACGCCGUCUGCAACACCGUCCCGACAUACUGGAUCAAGUUCUGGGCGGACCGCCCCGGCGCCUCCACCGCCGUCUUUGCCCUCGGAUACCUUCUCAUCGCGCUCUUCGCCUGGGCCGCCACCACCGUGCACAUGUGGACCACCGUGUGCCUUCUGGCCCCUCGCUCCGGCUUGCGCCUGCACCGCGCCCUCGCCGGCCGGAUCCUCGGCGCGCCGUUGUCGUACUUUGUGGCGACGGACGUCGGGGUGACGCUGAACCGCUUCGGGCAGGACGUUGACUUGGUGGACAGGCAGCUGCCGGGCGCGUUUGCGCGGUUCGCGACGCAGUGCUGCAAGAUGACGGCGCAGGUGGUGGUCAUGUCACUGGUGCAGCCCGAGUUUGCGAUGGCGGUGCCAGUGUGCGCGCUGGUUGUGUACGUGGUGCAGAGGGUGUAUCUGCGGACGUCGAGGCAGCUUCGCAUUGACGGACUGGCCACGAUUCGUGCCUUUGGAUGGCAGCGCGCUGUCGAGCAGCGCAACAUCGACGCCAUCGACCUCUCCAUGCGCCCUGUUUUCCUCAUGCGCUGCCUCAACAGGUGGCUUUUGAUCGUGCUGGAGCUAAUUGUCAGUACUGUUGCCGUUGCCAUUGUCGCAUCCGCCGUCAUGGGUGGUAGUGGCACAGGCACAGGCACAGCCGUUGGCGUUGCGUUGAACUUGGUCAUCUUGACAAACACGACUCUCAUAGCGCUCGUCAUCAGCUUCACCGACUUGGAAGUCUCUCUCGGUGCUAUUUCGCGCCUCAAAGAGGUCGAAGAGAUGACGCCACAAGAGGACCUUCCACAUGAGAUAGUAGUGCCCGAUGCGCACUGGCCGACACGUGGUGAAUUGGUGCUCAAGGAUCUCGCCACAGGAUACAGGAUAAACAACAAUGUACUCAGCCACGUUGACCUGGUUGCUAGUGCAGGACAGAAACUCAUCGUCUGCGGUCGCACCGGCAGCGGCAAGAGUACCAUAUUCGUGUCUCUCCUCAGACUGAUCGAAAGCACCGGAGCCAUCACAGUGGACGGAACAAAUAUCCUGAACAUGCCGCGCUCCAUCGUCCGCAGCCGCUGCUUCAUCGCCGUGCCGCAAGACGGCAUCGUGUUCAAAGACGCCUCGCUGCGAUUUAACCUUGAUCCUACCGGCACAGUCGGCGACGACAUCCUCCGAGACGCCCUCAAGUCCACCCAUCUCUGGACCGUUCUUUCCGACGAUGAGACCACCGACAUCCUAGACCUGAAGCUCUCCAGCCUGCCGCCACUAUCUGCCGGCCAGCAGCAGCUCUUCGCCCUCGCGCGCGCCGUGGCGCAGAAGCAUCGCGCCGCCCCCUACUCCGACCGCGAAGAAGAGGGGACCGCCAAGCCCAUCGUGCUGCUGGACGAGCUCACGGCGUUCAUGGACUCCGCGACCGAGGCCAAGGUGUACGACGUGGUGGAGGAGGAGUUCGUCGCGGAGGGCCAUACGGUGAUCAUCGUGUCGCAUAGGCUCGGGGGCCUGCUCGGGAGGCUGCGGGAGGGCGUGGAUGCCGUGGCCGUGCUCAAGGAUGGGCGGUUGACGGUCGAGAAGGACUUGGGCAAGCUCGCCAACGUCGAGAGCGGCGAUGAAGAGAGUAGCCAAGGAGGCGAUGGGGAGCCAUUGGCCAGUCAGUGUCCGCGGUUGUGGUGA